AUGGGCAUUGACGACUACCUCAUUAUUGGCGCUUGUGUGUUUUCAUGGUCAUUUAUUGCUGUCACAAUUGUCGCGGUCAAAGAUGGACUUGGAGAACACAUUCAGGAUGUUGAUCAGACCAGAAUGGUCGAUUAUGCUUUGACCGUCUGGCUGAGCUCGAUGUUCUAUCUCGCAACACUUGGAUUCAUCAAAACCUCCGUCCUGUGGUUCUAUACUCGCCUCGGAGAUCGCCAUCUCACUCGCCUCUCCUAUCUUAUGAUGGGAGUUAUUAUGGCACAAGCCGGCUCAUUCGUUCUUGUAGCUGCAUUCCAAUGUCAGCCCAUUAGCAAAGCCUGGAAUACCACUAAACCCGGAAAAUGCGUCCAGAUCAACCUUUUCUACCUGUGCAACGCCGCCCUGAACAUUUUCACCGAUCUCUUGACUUAUACCCUACCGAUUAAUGUCGUCUUCCGUCUCCAGAUGCCUCGGAAGCAGAAGCUUAUUCUGGCCUUAAUUCUCUGUCUUGGUCUUUUCACUUGUGUUUCCUCUAUCAUCCGAAUCACGUUCAUUCCUACCAUGCUUAGCUCAAAGGACUCCACGUACGCCAUCAGCGGUGCCAUGUACUGGUCAGUCAUCGAAACUAACAUCGGCAUCCUUGCUGCCUCUAUCCCGUCCUUCAAGGCGAUUGCCUCCCGAUUCCUGCCCCGCUUCAUCGGCGAAUAUAACAGUGGGAAGAAAUAUGGUCCCUGGUCAAGUGACAAUACUUCCCCGCGGUAUCCAUCUGGAUUCGGAAAGGUCAAGGAUCCUAACAGCCUCACUAUGAUCACAGUCAAUGGCAAGGAGGAUAUUCCCAUGGGUACCAACAUUGGCCCGGCUAGCAACUCUAGCGAGGAGCGCAUUAUCCCCCAUGGUAAGAUCUUUGCUCACACACAGAUCGAAACUACCUUCGAAAGAAAUGAGUAUGGAAGUGAGGGUUCGCCAUCGCUCGAACAGGAUCGACUAUGA